AUGGAUAAUACAAUACAAAAUACUAAUAGAGAUUAUAUUUCAUUAUUUGUACAAGGUUGUGUGGAUCGUGUUAUUCAUUCACACAAUGAAAAACAAUUAGAAUCAAUGAAAGAACAAGUAACACCUAUUAUGGAAAUUGAUAUACCAAUGUAUCAACAAACAAUUUCACAUUUAAAUGUUAAAUUACAAGAUAUGGAAACUAGAUAUAAGGAAUUACUUGAAUUCCAUCAAGUAGAAUUAAAUGUUUUACAAUCUCAAUAUCAACAAUUACAACUUAAACAUCAAAGAGAUAUGAAAGAGCUGAUGACUAUUUAUAAGAAGGAAAAUAACCAACAAUAUUUUAUUAAUAAUACUAAUACUAUUAAUAAUAAUACUAUUAACAAUAAUACUAAUAAUACUUCUACUACUAAUAAUAAUAGUGAUAAAUUAAUUCAAAUAGCCAAGAUUGAAUAUCAAAGUUUACAAACAGAAUAUGAAAAUUUAGAAUUAAAAUAUCAAGAAGAUAUUUCUAAAUAUUGUAAAGAAAUUGAAGAUUUAAAUUCAAAUAUUCAACAAUAUCAACAUUUAAUAUUACAAUAUGAUGAAAAUAUUAAUCACCUAAGAUGUAAAUAUGAACAAAUUCAAACAGAAUCUAUUGAACAAUUAAAAAGAUUAAGAUUAACAAGACAAGAUUAUUUUAAUCAAUUAAAUCAAAUUAAGAAUGUAAAUAGUUCAUUACAAGAACAAGUAAAUAAUUAUAAAAUACAAAAUGAAAAAUCACAAAUUGAAUCAUGGACACUUUAUAAUACAAAUAAGCAUUUAACAUUAAGAUUAGAUUAUUUAUUAAAUGGACAAGAUAAUUUAUUACAAGUUCAAUCAAAUAUUAAAUCUGAAAUUGAAUUAAUUGAAAUGAAAUAUAAUAACAUGAUUAAAUCAUAUAAUUUAUUAAAGAAUGAAUAUCAACAUGUUAUUAAAACAUCACAACAAACUUUAUUAAGAUAUGAUGAUUUAUUAAAUAGAUGUAAAUUAGAUAGAUCUUUUUAUCAGGAAUUUAUUCAAUAUGAAAUUUUACCUUAUUUGGAAGUUGCAAGCUUGGAUCCAACCAAUGAAAGACAAUACAAAACACUUCUCCACUUUUUAAUUCAUUCCAUUAAUAAGAAUAUACUAAUAACAGAUCAAUAUCAUUAUAAUACAACUCAUCAAUCUAAUGAUAGUGAUAUUAAUAAUACCAAUAAUACUAAUAAUAAUAAUACCUCUAUCUCCCCACUAGAUACACAGUGUUGUACAACAACAAUUUCAAAUUUCAAUGAUAAUCAACAACAAUCAUCAUCACAACAAUAUGAAGUAGAAGAAAUUAUCAUAUCAUCCACUCAAGUGUGUGAUGAAAUGAAUGAACAAGAUCAAUAA